AUGGGCAAAGCACCAAAUAAGAAGUUCACUACUAAACAGGACCCAACUGGAAAUACUGUUGCUGCUGACAAGCACCUCAACAGUGUUUUCAAGUUCAACACUAAUCUUGGACAACAUAUUCUUAAAAACCCACUUGUGGCCCAGGGAAUCGUCGACAAGGCACAGAUCAAGCCCAGUGACAUUGUAUUAGAAGUCGGUCCCGGUACUGGUAACUUGACUGUACGAAUACUAGAGCAAGCACGUAAGGUAAUUGCCGUGGAAAUGGAUCCCAGAAUGGGUGCAGAAUUAACCAAAAGAGUUCAUGGAACUCCGCAAGAAAAGAAGUUGGAGAUUCUAUUAGGCGAUUUCAUCAAGACUGAUUUACCCUAUUUCGAUGUAUGUAUAUCCAACACUCCAUACCAGAUUUCAUCUCCAUUGGUGUUUAAAUUACUUAAUCAACCACGCCCACCACGCGUUUCUAUUCUUAUGUUCCAAAGAGAAUUUGCCAUGAGAUUAGUUGCCAGACCAGGUGACGAACUAUAUUGUCGAUUAUCGGCAAAUGUACAAAUGUGGGCCAAUGUAACGCAUAUAAUGAAGGUGGGUAAGAAUAAUUUCCGCCCACCGCCACAAGUCGAGUCGAGUGUUGUUCGUAUCGAAGUCAAAAAUCCGAGACCUAAUAUAGAUUUUAAUGAAUGGGACGGAUUAUUGAGGGUUGUGUUUGUGAGGAAAAACAGGACUAUAGCAGCUGGGUUCAAAUCACAGGCCGUGAUUGACAUUUUGGAAAAGAAUUACAAAACAUGGUUGGCUACACAGGAGAACGAUGCCGACACGAUGGUUGUUGAUAACAAGGCCGAUUUGAAAGGUUUGAUAAAGGAGAAAAUUGACAGAGUAUUGACAGAGACCGGAUUCGCUGAUAAAAGAGCGGGUAAAUUGGAUCAAACGGAUUUUUUGAAAUUGUUAUACGCCUUCCACCAAGUUGGAUUACAUUUUGCAUAA